GGAAACUCUUUACACAAAGUUUUCAAUGGGACUAUCCUCAGCAAAUAUUGCUAACGAAGGGGUGCAGUUUUGUAUUUUUGACUCAAGAAGGGGACAACAUGAAGGUCAAGAGCUCGACAAGAUAUUAUUUUUUUAUCCGUCAGAGUGCCCCUAUUCUUCACAGCUAUCUUUAAUAGGUCUUUGUGAAGGAAUGAUCACAUUUACAAGAAUUUUUUCUCCAGAGGCAGCUUGCGAAAUCAUAGAGGCAGAAAGGCACUCACAUGUGUUCUAUGAGGCGGAGCCAGAUAUGUGGAUGAUUAUGGUUGUUGAGAAGAGUAAACUUGCUGAAUCGGCUUGGAGAUCUGAAGCUCUGCGAGGAGUGUUAAAGGAAAUAUACUCUUUUUUUGUCAUGUUUCAUGGUUCUCUGAAAACUUUACUGGAUAAACAACCAAGUGGUGAAUUCGCUCGCAGUCAUUUGUAUUACUUUCUCACUGACUACCUCACUGAUUUUACUAUUGGUAAAAAAUUUCAAAUUCCUUCCUUCCGUGAAUGUUUGAAGGAACGAGGAACUGUUCAAAUGCUGACAGUAUCAAGAGACAUGGCAAUUGAAAUUCAGUCUUUAAUUACAAUGUUAGGUUCUCCAAGCGGUUCCAACAUAACAUACAACUCGCUCGUCUUAUAUCAAGAUUUAUUGGUUUCUACAACUCUUUCUCCUGAUGAUACAACAAAUUUAUUUGCUUAUUGUAUUCUGAGGUUGGGUCCACAUGCUUUAUCCUCAAGUUCGAGUGUGAACUCCUGGUCCUAUUUAAGAAAAUCAAAGUCUGCAUCUAACAUAUCCUCUAGUUCAUCUGCUGUUUAUGCUGGUUCAAAUGGGUCACAGGGUGCAUCUCGCAAUAAUUUUCCUGGGGAAGAAGAAAGUAGGACUGUUAAUGUGCUACGGCCUUUACAACGGGACAAAUGGUCCAAAGGAGGGGAUGGUUUUCUUGUUACUGAUUUGUGGGGUACAGAAAUUGGCACUGCGUUGCCACGAACCCCAACAAUUUGGCUUCAGCAGACACAGGAACCUACAUAUCUUUGUGUUUAUCAAUACAAGAGCCUCACUAUAGUUCUCCUCAUUCCCGUGUCUUCUUUGAUAAAUGGCGAACAAGGCAUAGCAUUGGCUAAGAAUCAACUUCUUGAAAAUGUGUCACAGAAGAUUGUGAAUAUUGAGGAGAAAUUAUCCAGAGGAUGGGGUGGAGAAAAUGCUUAUCAUGUGAGUGGUUAUCGCUAUCUGUUGCUUGAUGGUGAUAGAAAUAUUUCAAGGGCUUCUCCACCAGCCAAAGUCACAACUCUGAGCAAGGAUUCCUUGCUUGCUCUUAAUACACUAAGAGAAGAAGUAGAUUUGGAGAAGAAAAGAACAAAGUUGGAUAAACCCGAGCACCAGAGAGAUUUUGAAGCUUGUGUUAGAGCCAAAAACAAUGCCUGGGUUAUUGCUAAGAUUUCCAGAGGUAGAGAGCUUUACAUGGCCUUAGAAAAGGCCAGUGAGACACUGCUGUUUGCAUCUGAAGCAGUAGAGAAGUUCAGUAACAGAUAUUGUGAAGGAGCAUUCUCUUUGGACUGAUGAUGAGUUUUCUGUGUCCUGAGAAAUUUCAAAGUGUAAUAUUGAAGACAAUUAUAUACAUGAUAAUAUUUACCUUUUUUGAUAGAUAUAACACAAGUAUGUGUGAGAUUAUAGGCAUGUCGUUUAUUGAUUACUAUACCAUGCAGCAGGUAUGUCUGUAU